GCCGGGAGGAGCCGAGCGGGGCCCGCCCAGCCCCAGCCCCAGCCCGGCCCCAGCCCAGCGCCUGCGCAGGCGGUGCCGACAUGGCGGAGAAGGCGCAGAAGAGUGUGAAGAUCGCGCCGGGGGCCGUGGUGUGCGUGGAGAGCGAGAUCCGCGGGGAUGUCACCAUCGGGCCCAGGACAGUGAUCCACCCCAAGGCCAGGAUCAUCGCGGAAGCGGGACCGAUUGUGAUCGGGGAAGGCAACCUGAUAGAGGAGCAGGCGCUCAUCAUCAAUGGGUACCCAGAAAAUAUUACACCGGAAACCGAACAGAUGGAGCCCAAGCCCAUGGUCAUCGGCACCAACAACGUUUUCGAAGUCGGGUGCUAUUCGCAGGCAAUGAAAGUGGGAGAUAACAACGUCAUCGAGUCGAAAGGUGAGUUUAGGCUCACUGUCCUCGCCCCAGUCAAGGUGAGUUUAGGCUCACCGUCCUCGCCCCACUCAGAUUUUUGCUCCUGUCGGUGCUGGGAGCAGGAGGGGAUCAAUCACCUGGCAGUAGAUGUGCCCAAGCUGCAGCUGAUUGCAUUGCAUAAGUUAUUUUCGCACUGGCGAGCGCCUGCAGAAGCCACCUGGGCUGGAGCUGGGUCUGGCUGGCGGCGCUGGGUGGUUUGUGUGUGGGCACAGUGGCGCUGCUGCUUGAGGAAGUGCUCCAGAGCCACCUCAGCUGCGCUCUGUGCCCAGAAGCCCGAGGCAGAGUUAGAAAGGCUGACGGAAGCAGGGCAGAGACAUGGGGUUGAGAAGCACCGUGCGGCUCCGAGUGGGGCUGCCCGUGCUCGGCCCUUGCAGGGACUCCUCUCUCUCUCUCUCGCAGCAUUUGUUGGCAGGAACGUGAUUCUGACGAGCGGCUGCAUCAUCGGGGCCUGCUGCAACGUCAACACCUACGAGGUGAUCCCCGAGAACACCGUCAUCUACGGGGCUGACUGCCUUCGCCGCGUGCAGACCGAGCGGCCGCAGCCCCAAACGCUGCAGCUGGAUUUCCUGAUGAAGAUCUUGCCCAAUUACCAUCACCUGAAGAAGACCAUGAAGACCGCGUCCACGCCUGUCAAGAGCUGAGAGCCUCCCGCGGUCGGUCGCUGACCGGGGAUUUCGUCCUGUCCUUAUGAGCACUGCGCAACCGCAGGAAGCCGCUGGUCUCUGCGUCCUUUAUUCCCUUCUGGAAAACAAAAAUGUUUUUUCUCGCUUAUUUGUGUCCUUUAUUUAUAGCCCACCAAGCAUCUCAGCUCCGCUCUGGAUCUGUUGUCUGUCCCGCGCGCUAACUCGAGUAUCACACGUGCUGUUUGGGGAAUAAACUAGAACCAGCUCA